UUUUUCCAUCGUCUCCCCUUACAUGAUGUGCACAUUUUAAAGGCACACUGAUGCGCUGAAGCGGUGCACUAUCUCACGGGAUGCACUUUCGCACGCUACACCGGGUCAGUGAAGACAAAGGGCGAUUACCCAGUAUGCCAUUCAUAAGGUUCAAGUUCAGUAACUUGUAAAACAGAAAACAAUUACUGUAACAGCCAAACUGGGACGGACUGGCAGAUAACAUGAACAGCACCACAGGGAGCUGUGGAAGCCCCAGCUCUGGGGUCUCAGCAGAACCUGCCAGUGACCUCUUCAGAGACCUCUGGUCAAAGCUGAAAGACUGCCAUGAUAACAAAGUGCAAGGGUUGCAAGAUAAAAUCUCCAAACUGAAGAAGGAGAGAUGUUUAGAUGCCCAAAGACUGGAGGAGUUUUUUACAAAAAAUCAGCAGCUAAGAGAACACCAGAAAUCAUUGAAAGACAAUGUUAAAGUUUUAGAGGACAGGUUAAGGGCGGGAUUAUGUGAUCGAUGUGCUGUAACAGAAGACCAUAUGAGAAAGAAACAGGUGGAAUUUGAAAACAUUCGACAACAGAACCUAAAGCUCAUCACUGAACUCAUGAACGAAAGAAAUAACAUUCAAGAUGAAAACAAGAAGCUUUGCCAGCAGCUGGAGCAUUUUAGUAAAAUGAUGGAGGAGAAGUCCUGUCAGGCUGGGGAGAUUUUAGAUCAGGGGGAUGGGGUUAUCCCUGAUUCUCCUGUUAAACCAGUCUCCCUGUCUAUGGUGAGCAGACUGAGAAGGAAAAAGGAGAACAAGCAUGUUCGUUACUCUGAGAAACCCCCUGCUAACUCUGAGAGAUCUCCAACCACUGAUGAGCAAGGUAAUGUUGGUCUGUUUUCAUUAAUCCAGGCUGGAAAUGAGAAGGAUAUCCUGGUGCCAGAAACAUGUGACCUAGAAUUAUCUCCAAACGCAAAAAAUCUUGGAAGUGGGUGUUUUUCUGAUGAAAAGCCAGGCUUGAAUUUAGUCACUGUUGUUGCUGAAACUCUAGGACUUGGCAUUCCCCAGGACUCUGAGUCCCAGAGUGUCCCAAACAACUUUGUCAGAGAUGCAGCACAAGAUGGUGAUUCCAGAAGACAUCAAGCUACUGAAUCACUGCAGUUGAAGGAAAAAAGUUCUGGAUUUACAUGUGGAUCUCUGAACAGCACACAAAAUAGACACUGGCUAUCACAACAAAGGACCUCUCCGGUGUUUGGAGGCUCUGUCGGUGCUCUUAAAAGUCCACCCAAAUUGGACGAAAACAGAUCUCCUUCUCUUUUUGGGCAUCUGCAAAUCGCCCCCCUCUUCAGUCGGGUCAGGUCCCAGACUGAGGACGUUGCUCGUAUUUCACCCCUUAAAACUGGAACAGCCAAUAACCAGUGUCCAGUAAAGAACAGAAACAAGCUUAGUCACUUUAAGGACAAAGAAAGAGUAUCAAAUCCAGCUCAGGAGCUUGUAGAGAGCGGUGAGGGAUAUCUGUCUUCAAAGCAGACUGGAAACUGCUGGGGGAAAAAGAAGAAAAGUGAAGCAGGCCAGGCCUCUGAUAGAAACUCCACAUUUUUGCUUAGUGAAGAUAAUCCACCAGACAAUGCACUGGACAAGCCACUGGACUUGUCAGACAGACCAGUUCGUGGUCAUUCACAGGAGAGGAGAGAAGGAAAGGGAGCUGUUAAAGACAGUUUAAAGCAGUCCACACUGUUUGACAUGCUAAAAUCAUCAGGAAAGGCCUCCCCUCCACCCUUCCAAGAUGAGAAUCUAAAGAAAAAAGCUGAGCUGCCUAGUUUCCAAGUACCGGCAACCCCUCCUAGGAGCAAAGUGGAUAUGGGGCAGCUCAUCAGGACACCAGACGUCCAGGAGCCAGUCAGAAAGAAGAGCAGAGCGUCAACCAGAGACUCUGAACCUGCUUCUGUGCUUCAGCCUAACCCUUGUGCUGUUGCAAAGAGGAGUCCCUCAACAAAAGAUGGUAAAAAUUUCAGCACAAAUGAUAUGACAUGGAGCCUGGAUCCAGGGGCAGAUCUUUCCCAAUACCAAGUGGAUGUUGCUGUAACAGAUCCAAAGGGUGGGACACCCUCAAAGCCUGAUGGAGAAACUGUAGACAUGGACUGCACAUUUGUGAAUGACAGCAUGCUGUUAAAAGUGAGAAAACAGAAGGAUGAAAACACCAUUCUUGAGAUAGGGCAGAAAGCAAACGACAGCUUAGCAGAAAUCUUCGACCGAACAGCCUAUGGAGAAUACGAGUCCUGUCCACAAGAUGACAGCGAACAGUCUGAUCAGGAAGAUUGCUCUUUAGAUGAAGAAACAGAGGCAGAUGACUCUAUAAAUAGGUAUGAAGAAAAAACAGAUGAGACAAAACAUAAAGCUUUUGUGGAACCAUAUUCAAAAAAAGAUGAAAGAAAGAACGCCUCCUUAAACUUUCCACACGUAGAAGUGGUGCGUAAUAAAGAAGAGCGAAGGAAAAUGCAUGGGCACACAUGUAAGGAGUGUGAAAUUUAUUAUGCAGAUCUCCCUGAAGAAGAGCGUCAGAAGAAACUCUCGGCCUGCUCGAGGCACAGAUUCAAAUACAUUCCCCCCAGCACGCCUGAAAACUUCUGGGAAGUUGGAUUUCCUUCCACACAGACCUGUGUGGACAGAGGAUAUAUAAAAGAAGAGAUGACACCAGCCCAGCGCACAAGAAGACGGCGUCCAUACAAUGCAAUAUUUUCUGCAAAAGACAAAGAGCAGAAAACUUAAGAGAUUACUUGAAUGUUUGGACAAGGGAACGUGCACAUAAUUAUUUGAUUUCUGUCAGCUUAAGAAAAUAACAUUUUGUCAGUGUAAAACCUAUAUAAAGAAGUCACGGGACCACUGGGCAUUUUCACAGUGCAAUACCACUAGUCCGCACCCAGGCACACAUGAGCGGCAUGCACUAUGCGACUGAAUUCUUACAAUAGUGUAGAAAAAUGAUUGAAUGGUACAGUAGUCAGUACCACACCGUAGGCUACGUACUCGAAUAUGAUUGACAUAUAUGGCCAAAAGUUUUGCAUCACCUAGUAGAAUAUUAAGAUGCACACACAAUUUUAAAAAAAUAAAUAAAUAAACUAUGAACAGAAUUCCGAGAUUAUUUAACAUCAUGCAAUCAAAGAAACUACAAAAUGAUAUUGCAAAAGUCUACCGGAAACUACAAUAGUAGUACAGUAUUUCAUGUUAGAUUUCGAAAUGUCACAUUUUUACAUUUUUGGAAAACUAUAAAGCGAUACUUAAUUCAAUAUGUUAAUGUAACAUUCUUAAUUCUAUAGGGUGCGAUGCAAAACUUUUGGCCAUAGCUGUAAUGCCCCCCACAUAUAAUUUACUAAAUAAAAACACUGGUUUGUUUAUCAAAGUUGUAUUUCUGUGAUAACAGUAUCAAAUAGGCUACAGGAAGAAUGCUUAUCAUGGGGCAAUGUAUAAAAUACUGACCUACCUGUCCUUAUAUGAAAUAUGGGCGGGAUCAAACACUUUAGGGUGCUUGGGCAACUCCGUAGACAAGUUUCAUUCAUGGUUUGCAGAAACAAAAAUACAACUAAUGCUAUGCACUUGUCCUUGGGCUUUUGACUCCUCCAAUAAUGGAAAAAAAUUUACUACAGUAUGACUGACUGCAUGUUUUGCAUUGGUUCCGUGUUCUUGAAUAUAGUAAAUAUGAGUGUGCAAGAGCAAACUAAUCAAAGGGUGCUCUGAUAAUCAAUAACUAUGUUCCUGCCUCCAGUGGUACUGGAUUGGAGAGCAUGCAAAGGUUACAAUGAAACCAAAACAAACUCCUGACCUGUGUAUGCCAAAGGGGCCACUUGGAUUUUGCAGUUUUGCUCCUUUUAGAAGCAUAGUUCUGAGGCAAGUCAUCCCUGUUUAUCAUAUGAGGUGAAGGUUUGGAGAAGCACAUUUUCAGGCUUUGAAUGCUGUCCUGACUGCCACAAAAGGGACUUCGUAAUGCUAAGAUUUGAAAGUAGGUUACAAACUAGUUUGUUUAAUUUUUCUAUUUAAUGGUUAGUCUGCAAAGCCAAUGUGAUAUACUGUCGCAUCCUCAAGAGAAAGUGCAAAAAUUGUGUUUGUAGGGCUUUUAAAACUGUGUCUCCUAUUGUUUGUUUUACAGUUUACAGAUUUUUUUCAGAUAUAAAGCUUGAAACACUCAAUAAUCUUCUGAAGUACUAAAAGAAAAUAUUUUUUUGGUAUUAACUUUCAACAAUAUCUUAUCUGCAGUGGCUACACAAACUGUAGCAUUACACCUUAUCAAUAGUACUGGUACUCCUAAAUUAAGAAAUCAUUAAUUAUUAUUCAAACACUGUUUGCAUGACAAACUGGUAAGUCUAAUGUAAUUUUACUCUUUCCAAAUACUAAAUUCAGAUGUUAAGAGCUGUAAUUAUUAUUAUUAUUAUUAUUGUUGUUAUUUUUUACAUGUAAUUGUUAGAGAUACUGUCGUAACAGAGUGCUAUUAUUUAAUAGAUUUAUUUUGGCUACGUUUUGUAUUGUAAUACUGUAGUGCGAAAAAGGGUAAACUUUUGAUUAAAAUCUUUAAAUAUUUAUAGUCACUGUUUUUUUUAAUUCUGUUUUCUUAAAGAUAAAUAAAAGAUAUUUCACACUUA